CGGUCCUGUCCAAGCUGGAAGCAAGGAAAGGACUGGAGAAGAUGAGGAGAGAGUUGGGACCUGGCUGGCCAAGUCCUGAGCUCGGGUCCCGGCCUGGAAUCUCCGGAGUUGCGUCCCUCCGGCCAUAAAUAUCGUUCCCGGACUGGCGCGCCCCCGUGUGGUUUUAGAGGAGCCAUGCUUGCGGAGCUGAUUCCAGAUGAGGAUGUUGCCAAAUCAAGUGGCAAGGUUCCAUGGAGUUCAGGGGUGACUCUCGCCUCGUAAAUGUAGGAUUUUCAGCCAAAAAUACGGGAUCCCAGUCGGAAGUGUGGGAUCCCCAUAGGCUCUGUCAGAAGUUUAAAGGCGUUAGUGGGUCCUGGAAGGGUUUACUUUGGGUAUAACCAGAUAGGGAUGAGUCCAGGGCCAGGACUGUGGGUAGGGGGGCUUCUCCUCGAUGCAUCUGGCUGACAAUCGGCAUAGGAGGGGAGAGUGUGAACCCGCCGCACCAGGACACAGGGACACAAAACAGUUACAAGAAAAAGAUAUUCAGAGACAGAAGACAGACCAGUAGGGGCACGUCCCUGCAGCCCCUUUGUCACUCCAAUACACUGGUCAGUUCCUCCUCUUCCCUCCUACUCUCGCGCCCAUUGGUCCAGGAAGUAUGGAAGUGUGGGGAGUUGCCAUGACAACUAGGUCGUCUAAACCCCUUCGCAUCUUUGUGUCAAAAUGGGAAGAGGAGGGGUGUGACAGGCAGAGAAUGAGGGGAUGAAGCGGGGCAAUGAAAGAUAAUGUUCAUUCCUUCCCCAGCUCAUUUUUCAAAAACCGCGGGUGCCCCCUUCCCCACCGGAAAUUCAGAAAAUAUUCCCAGAGAAGGCUGUGAGGGAGAGUCCGUGCCGCCCCUCCCCCCCCGGCCCCGCCCCGCCCGAGUCUAGGAAUUUGGGGGGCGGGUGCUUCAGGCGCUGAGGCCAGGGUGAGUUCCCCUCGUGUGGCCGGGAGAAGACGGGAAGCGGACCGAGGCUCUAUUGCCUGAGAUCCUGGUCCUAUGGGUCCGGCCCUCCCGCGCCGCCCACGCAGGGCCCACUCCGUUGGGGGCGGAGAUCAGAACGCCCCGGGCCUUGGGGGCGGAGCUUGACCUCUGUGCUCACCGCAGGACCAUGAACAGAUGCCCCCGCAGGUUCCGGAGCCCGUUGGGGCAGGCAGCGCGAUCCCUCUACCAGCUGGUGACUGGGUCGCUGUCGCCAGACAGCGUGGAGGAUGAGUUUGAACUGUCCACCGUGUGUCACCGGCCCGAGGGUCUGGAGCAGCUGCAGGAGCAAACCAAGUUCACGCGCAAAGAGCUACAGGUCCUGUACCGGGGUUUCAAAAACUCUUUCCUCCAGGAGAAGAGCUAUAUGGAAUGUCCCAGCGGAAUUGUCAAUGAGGAGAACUUCAAGCAGAUUUAUUCCCAGUUCUUUCCUCAAGGAGACUCCAGCACAUAUGCCACUUUUCUCUUCAAUGCCUUUGACACCAACCAUGAUGGCUCAGUCAGUUUUGAGGACUUUGUGGCUGGUUUGUCAGUGAUUCUUCGGGGAACCACAGAUGACAGGCUGAACUGGGCUUUCAACCUGUAUGACCUCAACAAGGAUGGCUGCAUCACCAAGGAGGAAAUGCUUGAUAUCAUGAAGUCCAUCUAUGACAUGAUGGGCAAGUAUACAUAUCCUGCACUCCGGGAGGAGGCCCCAAGGGAACACGUGGAGAGCUUCUUCCAGAAGAUGGACAGGAACAAAGAUGGCGUGGUGACUAUUGAGGAAUUCAUUGAAUCUUGUCAAAAGGACGAGAACAUCAUGAGGUCCAUGCAGCUCUUUGACAAUGUCAUCUAGCUCCCCAGGAGAGGGGGGUCAGUUGUCCUGGGGGGACCAUGCUGUAGCCCUAGUCCAGGUGGACCUCACCCUUCUCUUCCCAGGUCUGUCCUCAUCCUAGCUCUACCCUGGGGGCUAUAGGAAUCCAAGAGCCUGGGGAUUCAGUGGUUCAGAUUGCUGGAGCUGAGGGGGCUAUAGAGUGGGCAGAGUGUAUCUGUGGGGUGUUCCCAACUCCCAACAGCUCCCCCUUCCUGUCUGAAACUCAGUGCUGAGGGUGCCCCUGCUACAGGAAUUGAGUGGUCCUCCCCCUUCCACUCCCACUUGAGAAACCACAAUGCUAGACAAAAUGUCUCCUGCUAUGGUGCUUCCCCCAUCCCUGAUCUCAUAACCAUUUCCCCUAAGACCCCCUUAACAGAAAGGCUGUUCUGUCAUUGGCACUGACUGGCCUUUCAGACCAGGGCCUUUGAGAGCCCUGUAGGAGGUGGACAAGAAUGUAGAGGGAGUAAUCUUGGGCCUGAGCCAGUGCAUAGGUCCUAGGAGGUAGCUGGGUUAGAGAACAGAAGGGCCUGGGGAUUAUCAGUGAGAGCAUGCCAGGCUAUAGCUUUCAGCUCUACAGGUCUGCCAUUCAAAGCUGUCAGAAUAUGAAUUUCCAGGCUCUUCAGAAGACCUUGUUUCCUUGGAAAUACCCCAGAAAAUUUCCAAGUAUCCCAGGAGAGUCUGGGAUCCUGGUGUUUGGCUCAUUCCCUCCUCUCCUCCCUUCCUGUUUGUGUAGUGGUGGUGGCAGUGGGGGGAAGAUAGGUGGGAGCUGUCUUGGCUGAUACCUGCCAAAGUUUCAGCCUACCCUCUCUGAUGGCUACAACUUAAGUUUUCAUUUGCCAUUUCCUCUCGACUUGGAGGCACAGAGUAAGUCAGGGACAACACAGUGGAUGCCUUAGAAGAAAAAGGAAGGAAGGAGGCGGGCAUAGAUUUGAACCCAGUGUGGGGGCAUUUAUUAGACUCUGUGAUAUACCCAGGCUCUAUUCCUGCCCCCCGACAUAGCCUCCUAAUUGCCCACCCAGAGUCUCCUCUUGCUCUAUUCAAUCUACCCAGAGAUGCCCCUGAGCACACCUUGAAGGCAGGAACAUUAGGACCCAGGUCCCACCUCACUGUCAGCACCCCUGCCGUGCCGCCACCCCUUAAUAUAUCUGCUUGUCCCGUUUAGCUCACUCUCCCAGUCAGCUGUGAUCUGAGGGGAGGGUCCCCAGGGAGCCCCCUUUCCUAUCAGAACACUGUUGACUGCUUUGCAUUUUUGGUUCCUCUGUAAUUUUUGUAAAAUAAGAAGUACACCGGAUCCAAUAAAACACAAUGGCUAUGCA